AACCACCUCCGGUAUGCGGUAGAAUAGCGCCUGCCGUGAUUACGAGGUAAGGGAUACACCACGAGCCACGGGAUUCCGAAGCCUUUGGUACAGUACGCUAUGCGGAAAACUGCAGUUGAAUUGGAUCAUCAGGGAUCAACUGUCCGGUUGAUAUCGAUUGCUGGCACAUCCAGGGAGGGCCGAAAGCAGCAGCUCCACAGCAUACAACGAUCAUUGCCGAGAAAGACUUCAUCCCAGCUAACCAAGGGCAGUCCUAGCAGUCAACACCGGCAACCCAUUGAGUGAUCGUCUAAUAAACCGGCCUGUCCCCCAUCUCGGGGUAGAACUACGAUCGUAUUUCGCCCACUUAGCCUUUCGUAGUUUCACAUCCAUCUCCCCCUCCGGAGAUGUCUGGGGUUAUUGCAUUACCGGUACGAGUACUCUCCCAGUGGGGUAAAUACGGAAGAACCAAGACUAAAUUAUAUAAAGGCUCGGGUGGGAGGCCAGAUUAAAAGGUGCUCUCCUGUGUUUCUCGCCAGAGAACAGCUGCAUUGUCCUAGGAAUCCAACUGAACAAAGGAAGGGACCAUUACAAGAAGAGGGAAAAUAUUUUUCUUACUGCAUGUUGAUUCCUUCCAUGUGGGGUUUGAGUACGCUAAAUGGUUUUAGGUUUUGCCAGAGUGAUAGCUCUUGAACAAGAUGACCUUGGAGACAGUGAUAUCCUAUGUUCGGGAGCAGUCUUCUGACCUUUCUAAGGGCACCAUCGCCGCCACAGUGUUUGGGGUGUGGCUUUUGAAUAGGAUUAUCCUUGUUCUUUACAGACUUUACCUGGACCCGUUGUCAAAGUUUCCUGGGCCGAAAUUGGCUGCCGCGACCUCCAUGUAUGAGAUGUAUUACGAUGUGAGUUGGGGAUGCAUUGUUUUGCCACCGGGAGCUAAUACUUUCGUAGAUAGUUGAGGAUGGAACGUUUGUAUGGAAAAUGGAUGAAUUGCAUAGGAAAUAUGGUAACACAUUAUAGCCAGCAUGGGUAUGAUAUCGUGCUAAUAUUCUGAAGGUCCCAUUGUCCGCGUCUCCCCGCAUAGUCUCCGCCUCCGGAAGAGUUCUGCAUACCAUGAGGUAAGCUGCAGUUCUCGGGAUCGGAGGCUUUCGGUGCUCCGUGCUAAAAUUUUGAAGGUUCACAGAAUGGGCAGCCCCUUCGCCAAAGACAACAGGUUCUACCAUUUCUCCGGCGUUCCCCGGUCUACCUUCGCGACCAUUGACAUUGAUCUCCACCGCCAGAGGCGCGCCCCGCUGAACCCAAUGUUUUCAAGAAGAGGAAUUCUAGACACAGAGUUUUUCGUCAAGGAGAAGAUUGAGCUGCUCUGCCGUCGCAUGAAGGAGCAUGAAGUGCAGGGUAAACUUUUUAAUUGCUAUAACGGAUUCGCUGCAAUGGCCGCGGACAUUAUCACUGAAUAUGCUUAUGGUAAGAGCUAUGAGUAUUUCACCCUUUCUGCACACUCUGAGUGUUGGCCCCUCUGCUGAUGGAGGCAGUGUUCUGAAAUCCCCGGACCUCACCUGCCCUGCAUUCACCUCGCUCCAUGCUCAACACGAACUCUUCUUAAUCCUGAGGCACUUCCCGCUCUUUAGAAUGGCAAUGCAAUCACUGCCUUUAUCUGUUCUCCGUCUGGUGCCUGCUGGAGGUAUAACUCUGCCCGGAAUCCUUUCCUUCUUGGCUAAACGCUAACAUUAUGACAGCUGGCUUGGCUGAGCUGGAGGAGGAAGCAAAGGCCAAUCUAAAGGCCGUCUACGCGCGUAUGGGCACCACGAUGGAAAAGAAUUCCGCGCACCGGACCGUUUUCGAGGAGCUCCUCGCCAGGCUCCCGGACCCGAAGAACGCUGACCCCACCGACCUGACCAAUGAAGCGAUGGCCGUUGUCACCGCCGGAUUUCAUACGGUCCGAUGGACAAUCUGCACAGGGAUACUAGAAGUUGCGGGGAAUCCGCUCAUCCAGACAAAACUUUUUGAGGAGCUUAAGACGGCCAGCCCGGAUGUUAACGCCGAGUUUUCGUACCUUCAAUGUGAGAAGUUGCCGUAUCUGGUUCGUAGUGGGCUAUUCCUCCGCGAAAAUGUGAACGGCUUUAGCUAACAAUGCGCAGAGAGGUGUGAUACUUGAGUCGCUCAGACUGUCAUAUGGUAUCAUUGGACCCUUGCCCCGACGGGUACCCAAGGAAGGGGCCGUCGUUGGCGGCUACCAUCUUCCCGGGGAUGUGAGUACCACAGCCGUAACUUACCAGCCUUAACCCUUUCAUGGCUAAUCAUGCAGUCAACAAUCGAAAUGGACAACUACUCCCUCCACCACGACGAGGAGAUCUUUCCGGAUUCCCACCGCUUCUGGCCGGAACGCUGGCUAACCCCCGAAUCGAAGCAGAAGGAGAAAUUCGUUAAUUCUUUCGGAGCAGGACCUAGACAGUGCCUUGGUAUAAAGUGAGCAACCCCCAUUGGGAACCCCAUACCCUCACCGCCUUCCAGAGCUAACAUUUUCAGUCUCGCACUCUGCGAAUUGCACUUGACAUUCGCCACUGUCUUCCGUCGUUUUGAGGUGGACAUUAGUGCCCGGGGCAACAAGCGAAUGAAGAUCAAAGACCACUGGCUGAGCAUCCUCCGGGAUGAGCCAUUGAAAUGUAAGCUCAUAUCAAGGAAGGAGUGAACGAACUCCAUUAUUCAUGAUUUGUGUUUUUUUUUUUUCUUGUUCCCUUUUUUCUGUUUAUAUCCGUUUGAAGCGCGAUUUGAUCUCAUUCAACCUUUAUGGGUAUCAUUUUUUUGUAUGUAUUUUCUCUUGACACUCUAUGUAGCAAUGAAAUGCAAUUCAAAAAGGAAAAAGGGAGGGGAGGAAGAGAUGCGAAGCGCUCACGAGACCAGCAGAAAAUCCUUUAAAAAAUAAAAAAAAAUAAAAACUGUGGAAAAUAACCAGACUACUCUACCCUCCAUCCUCUGAGAACUAAAAGAAUGUUCCUGGAUAUCCUCCUGGUGGAGCAGCGACGGAAGCGGAAGGGCUGUAUGCCGGUGCCUAGGGUUGGAGUGCAUAUACUCGAGCGACUGAAGGAGUUUGUGGUUGCGCCAUACCUU